GUCCCUCCCGGUGCCCACGUGGAUCCCCGCAGUCCCCGUCGCGCCGGAAGUGACGCGCAUCGGCCGCGCCGAGGCGGUGCCGGUGGCGGCGAGGCGGCAGCAUGGUGAUGGCGGCGGCGGGCGCGCACCGGCCCGGGCCGCUCAAGCAGCAGAACAAGGCUCACAAAGGCGGCAAGCACAGCGGCUCCUCGCAGCGCCGCGCUGGAGGCCGCGUCCCCGUCAAGGCCCAGCCCCGCCGGCGGCUCCGCGACCUGAACAGGGUGGACCGGCGGCAUCAGGCGCUGCAGCUGCGCCGGCAGCGCAAGGAGGCGGUGCUGGCGGAGAAGCGCAGCCUCGGCAGCAGGGACGGGCCCCCGCACCUCGUGGUUGUGGUGCUGCUGCACAGCAGGGCUGCGGCCCAGGACUCGCUGCGGCUGCUGCAGAGCCAGGACUCGGCCACUGUCCGUGCGGAUGAGGGCGGAGCUGGCGGCUUUGCCCUGCUCUGCCCGCGGCUCAAGCAGCGCUGGCGCUUUGUCACAGCCCAGGCAGGGGAUCUCCACGCUGUUCUAGACCUUGCCAAGGUUGCUGACUCCCUGCUCUUCAUCCUGGACCCUGUGGAUGGCUGGGACAGUGAAGGGGAGCACUGCCUCUCCUGCCUCUUCGCACAGGGGCUGCCCAGUUAUGCUCUGGCUGUCCCGGGAGGCACUGACCUGCCCCCUAAGAAGAGGAUAGAUGCCAGGAAGAAACUCUCCAAGUGCAUUGAGAAGCGUUUUCCCGAGGCCAAGCUGUUCCCACUGAACACAGAGCAGGAAUCCUCUCUGCUCCUGAGGCACCUGAGCUCCCAGAAGCAGAGGCACCUGGCCUUCCGUGCCCGCCGCGCUCACCUGCUGGCCCACAUGGCUGAGUUUGUGCCCAGCCAGGACAGUGACCUGGUGGGGACCCUGAAGGUGUCAGGCUUUGUCCGGGGACAGACCCUCAACGUGAACAGCCUGGUGCACAUUGUGGGGCACGGGGAUUUCCAGCUGAGCCAGGUGGAUGCUCCCCCUGACCCGCUCUCUUUGAACCCACGUGUGGUUAAAGGACAGAAGAGGAGUCAGCAGGACAUGGAGGUUCAGGAUGACUCUGGAAAUGGUGCUGUGGAGAUGGAGGAAGAUGUCAAGGUGCUGAUGAAGGCAGAUCCAAGCAAGCAGGAGUCUCUGCAGUCAGAAGUGGUUCCUGAUCCCAUGGAAGGGGAGCAGACGUGGCCCACUGAGGAAGAGCUGCAGGAAGCAGAGGAUUCUCUGAAGGCAAACAGGAGGGUGGUGAAGGUCCCCAAAGGCACAUCCAAGUACCAGGCUGCCUGGAUUGUGGAUGAUGGAGAAGAAGGCAGCGAGAAAGAUGAUGAUGAUGAUGAAGAUGAUGACAUGGAUGAUGAUCUGAUGGAAGAGGCAGUUUCUCAGGAGGGGGAGAGCAGUGAGGAGGAGGAGGCUGGGGAGGAGGAGAGCGAGACCAUGACCGUGUCUGAGUGCCUGCGGGAUGAGCAGUACGACGAGAAGAUGGAGGAGGAUGAGCAGAUGCUGGAGAGAUACAAGCAGGAGAGGAUGGAUGAGAUGUUUCCAGAUGAGGUGGACACGCCACGGGAUGUUCCUGCCAGAGUCAGGUUCCAGAAGUACAGGGGGCUGAAAAGCUUCAGGACUUCUCCUUGGGACCCCAAAGAGAAUCUUCCAAGGGAUUAUGCCAGGAUCUUCCAGUUCCAGGACUUCUCCCGAACCAGAAAGAACCUCUUCAGGCAAAUAGAGAAGGAGGAGACUGAGGGAGCCUCGGUAAUUCCUUUUUAUUGAUCCCUUUCCUAUUAUGUUCCUUUGCUCCCAAUAGGAGUGACUCAUCACUUUCUGCUGCCCUUCAUCCCCUGACUGUGCUGCCUCUUGCAGAUGUCCGUGUUGAACUUCCUGGUGCGUCGGCAUCCAGGCAACAGCGAGCCAGUGAGGGCCAAGGAGGAGCUGAUCUUCCACUGCGGCUUCAGGCGCUUCCGAGCAUCCCCCCUGUUCUCCCAGCACACCUCAGCUGAUAAGCACAAGCUGGAGCGUUUCCUGCGCCCAGAUGCUGCCCUGGUGGUGACUGUCUAUGCUCCCAUCACUUUCCCUCCUGCCUCAGUGCUGGUUUUUAAACAGAGAAAUAAUGGAAUGCACGACCUCAUUGCCACGGGCUCCCUGCUCUCCGUGGACCCCGACAGGAUCGUCAUCAAGCGCCUGGUGCUCAGUGGCCACCCCUUCAAGAUCUUCACCAAGAUGGCUGUGGUUCGAUACAUGUUCUUCAACAGAGAGGAUGUGAUGUGGUUCAAGCCCGUGGAGCUGAGGACAAAGUGGGGACGCAGAGGGCACAUCAAGGAGCCAUUGGGGACCCAUGGGCACAUGAAGUGCCACUUUGAUGGGCAGCUCAAGUCCCAGGACACGGUGCUGCUGAACCUCUACAAGCGCGUUUUUCCCAAAUGGACUUAUGACCCUCAUGUCCCAGAGCCUGUGCCGUGGGUGAGGAGUGAGAGUGCUCUGCCAGAGCAGGAGGUGGAGAUGGAAUGAGUCUCCAGCACGGCUGGAGUUUGUGCCUUGGCUCCCUGGAUGCUGUUCUUGGCCCGUGCACUGUGAGGACAGCACUGAUGCCUUGGACGUGUUACUGCUGGGGUCUGUACAGGGGCAGCUGCGUGGCCAGCUGCUGCUCAGGUACCAGCUAUAGCUAUUUAUUUUAAUGGAAAAUGUCAAAAAUG